AUGACAUUAUCAUCAGAUCAAUAUGAACCUACAAAAACAGGUCAAUUUCAUGAGCAAGCAUAUUUUCAGUUUAAGGAACGUCAAACUGUUAAAUCAGCAAAAUCUACAUUGAAACAUAAAUCAAUGAAUUUUCCAAAAUACUUGAAUGGAGACUCUGAGCAAAAUUUAGCAUAUAAAAAUAUAUGUAAUGUUUGUAAUGAAUCAUGUAUAGAAAAAAGAAAAUAUUCUCAUUGGACUGAUAAAGAUAGUAACAAACUUCCUCAAGAAUCAGUUGGUCCUUGGACUUUUGGAACAUAUCGUUAUUUACCACCUUCAAAAGAAUUUUCUGUUAUAAAAGAUGAAUUAGAAGAAAAAAAAUCUAUUGAAUUUGAAGCAAUAAUUGAAGAAAAUAAUAAACUUUUAGAAGGUGCAACACCUUUAGAAGUUUUUAAAUUAAACAAAGAUAAAGUUCAAUAUUCUAAUAGUUAUGAAAAUAAAUGGUAUACAGCAGUUAGAUGGGAUGAUAUUGUGACUUAUUUGAAUAAUACUCCUGCAAAAGUUGAGGUUAAACGUAAAGGAUUUAAACCUUUUCUUGCAAAAUAUAUAUUUAUGACCUCACGAAGAUCUCCAGAAGAAUCAUUUAAUUUUGGUCAACGUAACAGAAGUGAAGAUGAGGUUCAUAGGGAUUGGGAACAGUUUGAUAGGAGACUUGAUUUUAUCAUUGAAUUUAAAGGAAAAUGGAAUGAAGAUAUUGAUUUACGUACAACAGAAUUGAUAUUUCAUAGAGGCUCAGAAGAGGAGUUUAGAAAUAUGAUCUGGGAUUUAAAAUAUGAUAAAGGAGAAUAUACAAAAGAGGAAUUAACAGAGGUUGUCAAAGAUCUGAACAAAGAUGAAGAUGGAGAGAUUAUAAUUAAGAAUAAUCAAGUUUAUUGGAGACGUCAUUUUCUAGAGUUUAAGAAAAGAUACUUAAGAGAUUAUUCAAGAUGUAAAGAAUUAUCUGAUUACAAACAAGAAGUUCUUUUAGAAAAUCAGAACAUUGAUAUUCAAAUAGAUUAUAUAGAAAAUACUGAAGAGAUUAUAGCAAGUUUAAGCAAAAGAACUUAUGAUGAAUCUAAUGAAAGUGAGAGUAGCAAUAAACGUAGAAAAUAA